AUGUCCUGCAUUACAACGCAAACUUCGCAUCCAUUUUUGACAUUGCACUCCGCAGGCUUAUCAUGGUCAUGUAUACGUUGUCUUACCAUUACCACUCGACUUUUUCUGGUUAAUCAUGUAUUGCUCCGAAGUGGGUCACUGCCGACGCCCGUUUCAAAGCCGCUUCGUGUUCAAACCGUGACUGUGUUCGCGAAAAUGAAGCUUUGUCUUGUAGACAGUAUAUUUACUAAGCAAGAUGAGCAGGGAGGAGGUCCGGACAAACUUCCCCAGUAGAAACUUCCCUGCCUCACGCGCACCAUUAUUCAUUAAAUCACCUCAACAUCAUUUUUG